GAAUAUGUGAUCGGGACAAGGAUUGGUCCGCGAAAGAUGGCCCCUGUCCCUCAUUUCCCGCUGUCCCUGCUUAUCCUGGCCCGUUCAUCUUUUUUCUUCACCUUCCCCCUCUUUCUUUUUCUGUUUGCUUUCUCCUCUCAACCCGCUGCCGUUCCUCUUCUUCCUCUCGCGUUCCCAACAUCGAAUGCUUAUGACAUGUUCCUCCUCAUCGUAUCGUUAUAAUCCAUCUCUCCACUUCUCCACUUAAUCACUUAUCCGGUUAUCUACUUGGCAUCCUAUUCCAAUUAACAUCAUCUCACCAUGUCCUCCUCCUCCACCUUGUCCGAAGGGAUUGUCUCCUCUAUACCUAUCUCACACUCCACCUCAACAACUACAGCAUCAACAACCACCACUGCCACUGCUAGCACUACCACAACAGCAACAGCAACAACUCCCUACUAUAACAACCCAGUCUGGAGCUACACCGCAACUGCAACUGGUCGAGCACCAGAUCCUUCGUCUUCAACAGCCUCCCAAACACCCAGCGCUGGCACCGGUAUUUCAGUCCAGACGGUCUUCUAUGGGAUUGCAUUCCUGGCUCUCUUCAUCGCGGUAAUCUAUACUAUCCAUAUGAUCCGCAAAGACCGUCGCCGUCGCCGUCUCGAGCGCGAGAGACGGGACAGCGAAUCAGCCGGAGCAUCUGGUGGUCAGACCAGAUACACCGCGACAUACCGCCCUGAGGAUGACGAUGUCUGUCCUCCCCCGCAAUACCGCACACACUUACAGGACCAGCCAUAUAUCGACCCGGAGAUGGCGAUGGUUUAUCCGGACCAGGUCUACUAUAUUCCUGACCGUGUGGCCAGCACCUCUGAGUCCAUGUCCUCACAUCAAGGGCUACUUGACACGCACCCACUACCAGCACUACCAGUCGCAGCAGGCGGCAGCCUGCACCGACCCAUCAUCACAACCACCAUCACAACCACUACCACUACCACUACAACCACGACCUGUUCUUCACCCUCUACACCAUCUGCCCGAUCAAUCAAUGCCCCUAAUGCCAGCGCCAAUGCUAAUGCCACUGCCGGCCUUGAUACCGAAGAACAUGCCACAGCCAUCGCCACAUCCUCGCCCGUCAUCAGCGCACCUUCUCCAGCGUUCACCUUCACAGCUGGCAGACACAUGUCCAUCCUCCGUUCCGGGCUUAGAGGCAGCAACAACAUCCACACUUCAGGACGUCGCUCCUCGCCCCCUGUUACAGCACAGUCCACAAACUCUAGCUCCUCCAGCCCAACACACGGUCCAGCAGAGAUUUCUGCUGCGCCUGCUGAACCAUCUAAUUUCGAGAGUGUUGUCAACAUGCCUGAGACUGACACUCGGACAGAGAGUACCAGUGCCAUGACUGAGCAAGCGGGCAAUAGCCGAUCUGGCAUUCUGCAGCCGAUUUUGAAUCGACUCCGAAGCCAGGGUCCCCCUCCUUAUAUCCCAAUGUCUCCAGAAGAAGCGCUACCAAGGCUCCCUCCAGAUUACACGACCACUCUCUAAGAGUAGCUUUUUGUCUCCGCAUACCACAUCUACAGCUGCAAAUGCAUCCUUCGUUGUAUCAUAUUAUCCAUCCAUUCAAUCUACAUUCAUUCAUUAAAUAUUCCCUAUCACCCUCCGCAUUAAAUUGAAUUAUAACACAUCAUGUCCGUGACAGAGAAUAUGACAGGGCUUUUUUUUUUAUUAUUAACAUAAAUCCCCAUGAAGAGAAUAUGACAGGGCAUGAGAGGGAGACGUACAACAGUGGUCCUGCCAAGAAGACGAGGUAGGCUGUUAAGGGGCCUUAAGGUUUGGAUUUAUCAAAGUCCGAGUGAGCGGGACGCUCGAAUCCUUCUCUUGC